GAUCUUGAAUCUUAACCAACAUAAAUCCUGGUAUUCUGCAACACACAUUGCACUUACAGCUUCCUAAGAUGAGGAUGAUGAUGACGCUUGGAUGAUAUUUUAAGUCUUUUGGACAGAAAAGUUUUUAAGACGCAAUAAUGUGAAGUUGUGGCGGUUUUAUCUGUUGGUUUCACUACUGUGAGCACAAGUGGAGAACCUAAUAAAAAUGUCCUCAUAUCUUAAUGAUGUAAGAUUAUUCAUGCUUGUCAUCACUACUCCCUGCAGACACUGAUGCAGCUCCACUCCCAUCGCCCACAACACAGCAGACAGGUCUUCCUCAACAGGGGGGCACCUGCUGUCCCGCUCUGUGCUGCAGAGCCUGUGACAGACAUGAUUAGGGCUCGGCUGGAAAGAAAAGCAACCCUGCAACACCUGAGCGGAUUUACAACAUUGCACGCACGGCAGACGCAACGUGCGCAUUCGGCUGCUUUCCAUCCUGGGCGAUCCAGUUAUGAAGCCCCGUCUGCUGGGCGGUGGCAGGACAACUGGCGCCCUCUUAUCUGCAUGCUUGAUCUCGGCUUGUCAAGCCCUCCAAAUCUGCGAAGAGUGCGUCGAUGGCAAGCAGUGCUGCACGUCCAUCCCCGCCGGGAACGGUAGUGCCAGCUCCGCGGUGCGCUGCUGCAAGCUCCCAAUCCACGUAUUCAUCGACAACGUUGGUUGGUUUACGCGGAAGCUGUCGGGCAUCCUUAUCCUGUUGUUGCUCUUUGCCAUGGGUUACUUCAUUCAGCGAAUCAUCUGUCCUCGGCCCCGCCGACACCAGAACCAGGACCACACUGAGGAACCCUCACUCUUUCACGGGAACACAUCGGCGUCCCAGGAUUCCUUAUUGGACCGCUACCCCGAAUACAGCCUCGAGGACUUCACCUCUCCAAACCUGCCAGCCUACGAUGAGGUGAAAUAUUUGCCCACGUAUGAGGAAAGCAUGCAGGAGAUGCACAGAGACCGGUCCGAUGAUAAUCUGUUGCCGGAGAUCGAGACAGGCGGUGAGGACAGAGGGAGAGCAACAGGACCGAGGUCCGGAGACCAGAGACGGGAUCUCUUGGAAAUGACAGCACCGCAACAAAGCCCGAGGACAUCUCGGAACUCUGUUUGACGAAAAGUGGACUCUGGGCAAAGAAACCCAACAACAAAGUAUUAUUAAUUUAAUAUAAUAAGGAUUAUCCUACAGAGAUACAAAACUCAAGUGCAAUUAUAAUCCUGAAUGUAAAGAAUAAAGAAGAAGGCUGAGAAAAUGUACUUGUUUUCUAAGAUAAUAGGUGCUUGCUCGCCUUUUGUAUGCAAAUUAUCGCUUGGGUAAAAGUAAAAGGGAUUAUGAAAUAAGCGAAGGCGGCUGAAAUUGAUGCGCUUCAUGUUGGGAACAGCUAAUUUGGCUCCGGUACAAUCGCAUUAAGCUUCACUCCAGAACUAUAAUUUUAGUGGCACUGUGAAACAUUUUUUCAACCAAAUUCUCCCCCCUUUUCACUCAUAAUGCUAAAUACUCAGCUAAAAAUCUCUUAUUCUUUAGUGAAUUCUUUAUUAAAUUUGCAUCCGAAAAGGUUUUUUUUUUCUUAGAAACUUGAAACAUGGACUGAAAAAAGGGAUUAAUAUCAAUUGUAAAACUUUCUGAGGUUUGGCAAACCAGCUCUGGUGCCUGUUCAAUUAUGGCUUAUCAGCAUGAAAGCAAUAUUCUGCUCACAUAUUGUGCACAUUCUCUGGGAGCUGAUGGAUAAGUAUGACCUGAGCCAUGUUUUGUUGCCAGACAGCCAUAGUAGCGGUGUAACCUUAAAAAAUAAAAUGAUCAUAUCCUGAGAGAUUAGCAGCCUGGGGCAACAUGUAUAGUCUCCUUGGUUCUUGGUUCAGGGGAAAAGAAAUGGCAGCAGUUACAGCUGGCAUGCUGAUAUGGUGUAUGCAACCAAGAAAGAAAGUUGGAUAUUGAUGAUAACAAGUCAGGCUAAAUCGCACCUACCACCCCAAGCAGAACUAAUUCUUAAUAGCUCAGAGGAAGCAAAGGACAAAGUGAUGCAACAAGAAACAUGAGAAAAAGACUGAAGGCAGAGAAAAGCUUUAGAUCUAGUCGUGUGUUGAUGAUAAGCGGUAGUUGAUCUAAAUAUAAAGCUUAUUUAUGGAUGUCCCAAUCCAAAAUUCAAGCCAUGCAUAAACUGUAACAUUAAGAUAAAUGGAGUAAAGAAAACUGACAGUCACUUUCAGUUAAUGCUGUCAUACUUCAAAGAUGCACUUGUUAUGCAGCAUUACUUACAAUCUUGACAUUAACUGGGAGUGUGUUGAAGUCAUACUUGCCAUAUUUUCUUCCCAUUAAUCAUUUCCAGCCCCCCCCCCCAAAAAAAACCCACACGGGGUCAAAAGGUCAACAUCAGAAUGCUUGUUUUGUAUGGCCAGUUUUAAAAAGCACAUUUUCAAUGACUAAAACAUAUAUAACCAAUUUAAUUGCUUGUCCUGUGUGGCGAUGUAUCAUAUCUAAAAUGUGCAGCUUUAUGGCCACUGAAUAGCUAUUAAGGCAGAUAAUGGCAUUCACAUUGUAAAUUAAAGUACAAUAAUGUAUCCGAACAGCUCCAAAGCAGUUCUCUGUCAUCAGUAAUGUGUACUCAGGACUGUAUAAUACCAGGCAGUACAAGAAAACAUUCUCAUUCACCACAAUUCUGCCAAAUUUGAACAAAAGAUGAACAACCUAUCUACCAUACAAGCAUUUAGCAUUAAAGACUUUAAGCUCCUCUAGUGCUCCUCACACUACAGGCUGGAGUGUGAUUGUUGUGGCUUGUGUAAUCCAAUACUGCCAGACUGUGAUGACAGAGAUGAUAGUGAUCACUGAUGGCUUUCCUUCCCAGAGGGAAACUUGUGGGUGGGUAGAAUUUGCCCUUAAAAGCUUAAAAUCCAUAGUUAAAACCCAUUGAUGGGUAUUCUAUGAGGUGCAGUAUAUAACCUCAAGAUGCACGAUGUAUGAAUGGAACUAAAACCAUAAGAUGUGUUACUGUUGCAUUUCACUCCUGCUGUAGCUCAUUGUGUUACACCGUAACAGUCCAGUUUGCACAACUUAUCAAGAUGAGACAUGGAUACAAAUGUUAAUGUAAACAGGUGAAAAUCCAAAGACUGUACAAUGCAGACGAAAUGUAGAAAUGGAAAAAAAAAUGCUAAUGCAUGAACACAGAAACCAAUCUGAACACAAUGAGAUUUCAGUUAGAAUGGAUUUUUCAUCUGUGCCCAUAAUCCAGGUAUUCUGUUGCUCACUGGACAAAUGAACUGAUAAAGGUCAAGCCAACAAAGUUUAUCCUUCUCAUAAACUCUACAUUAUAUCCAAAGUGCAUCACUUGGGUCAUAAAUUCAAUACACAAGGAUUUGACAGUCACUUAAUAUGAAUGUACAGCGCUGUGGCUUAAUAAAAGAAAUAUAUUUAUGAGCUAUUGUGUGGUGCAGUUGAAGAAAAAACAA